AAAUUAAGAUGGCAACCUGAAGUAGAAGAAUUUGGAAAGGUGAACGCAGCGGGGCUUUGUUACCAUCGGCUAGCUUAGCUCACAAGCUUCACGAUCUCCACCACCUGCAGUUAGCCUAGCCUGUUUGGCGCCGUAGGUGAGCGUUGCUUUACACGCUGACCCGCUAAUCACCUGUCUGACCGCGCGAAGCCGCCGGAGUGUCCCCGGACAGCAGACAGAUGGGGGACAGCUCGUCAAGCAGGCCGCAUAGCACAGGAGGCAGGCAGCCAGACAGCUGUGUCAAGCGGUGCAGCCUGUCCCGUUACCAGAUAAUACGCAUAUCUUUAAGUCCCGGUAACAAAAACCCACAACAACUUACUGUUAGCUGCUCUGACCGUCAGUUAGUCACCUUCUCCGGUCUUGUGGGUUAAAAUGAAAUAAAGCUAACUGCUGUUUUGCUCCCAGAUGCUUUGCUUAACUCUUUUGAGCACCCCGCGUCACUUCCGUGGUGUCACGUGGUAUACAAAUUAAAAAAAUAAAAUAAUAUAGUCUACUUUAUAUAAGAUGCCGGUUUUGUUUUCUUUCAACAACGUGUAAAUCUCAUGUUAAACAAUGAAAACACCAGUAGUUCUUUUUAAACUAUUAUUAUUCGUUUUCCGUCAAACACGAUCUGAAAAUAAUGAUCAAAUCCAACCAACAUGACGUAACAGGUCAGAUAACGCCUUUUAUUGGUAAACAACUGCAUCGUGUUUUAAUACGGUUCGUGUUUUUUGCGACACAAUCACAACACUUUUGACGUUGCAGCGGUGUAACGUCCAGUAUCGCAACACUGCAACAGUACUGUGUAGCAACCCUCCUUGAACUCAUUAUGUCGGCUCUGCGGUCCUUGCAGGCGGUAAAAUUUAUUUGACUCGAGCGCGACUGUCACUUCAUCAAACAGCUCGUCGUCUCCGGACUCGGGAGACGUUGUUUACUUCUUAAACUGACCACUGUUUCUUCCGAAAUAAUUUUCGCGUUUCUGUGACAACGGGACAAUUAGUGCUUCGUGCCCUUUAAGGACCUUGACGCAUCGUUUCCAUUCAGCCAUUGAAGUGGGAAGAGUCGGGUCCGUAUACUGUUGUGGUUUUAGCGCGACCUACGUGUGGGUUUUUACAGGUUAAAAAAUGUUGCUGCCGAGCUCAUAUUAGGAACCGUCUUGCGGUGUACGGUGAAACUACUCGCUCAGCUGGCGUCGUCGGUGAAGAGCAGGGGCAUAAUGUCUGGAGCGGCGGGUGGGGGAGGAGGCUCCUCCUGCUUGGGCGCAGCAGCGGCAGCCAGUUGCAGCUCCACCGGCUCUCCAUAUGCGGCUGCAGCCGGAGGAGGCGCAGGGGUGGCGGGGAGGCUACCAGCGAGGGUUUUGGAGCAUGUUUUCUCCUACCUGGAGCUGACUGACCUGAUGCGGUGUUCGCUGGUCUGCUGGCACUGGAACAAUAUCCUGGCGGAUGAAAACAGCGAGGUGUGGCGCAGCCUCUGCAGCCGGACUCUGGGCGACGAGGCUCUGCGGUCUGACAUCCUUUGUAACCUGCCCACCUACAAGGGCAAACUCAAGGCCUUUCAGCAUGCUUUGAGCUCCCACGACUGCUCCCGCAACGUUUACGUGAAGAAGAACGGCUUCACUCUGCACCGCAACCCUAUCGCCCAGAGCACAGACGGCGCGCGGGGCAAAAUCGGCUUUUCGGAAGGGCGACAUGCCUGGGAAAUCUGGUGGGAGGGCCCCCUGGGCACCGUGGCAGUGAUAGGUAUCGCUACGAAGCGGGCGCAGAUGCAGUGCCAGGGCUACGUAGCCCUCUUGGGCAGCGAUGACCAGAGCUGGGGCUGGAACCUGGUCGACAAUAACCUGCUUCACAACGGAGAGGUCAACGGGAAUUUCCCCCAGUGUAACAAUGCACCUAAAUAUCAGAUCGGGGAGAGAAUACGAGUGAUUCUAGACAUGGAUGACAAGACGUUAGCCUUUGAGAGAGGUUUUGAGUUUCUUGGAGUGGCUUUCCGUGGACUGCCCAAAACCUGCCUGUUCCCUGCUGUGUCUGCAGUAUACGGCAACACUGAAGUCACCAUGGUGUACCUGGGAAAACCUCUGGAUGGCUAGAUGCAGAUCAGCCUGUGCCACCCUGAAAUCAUACACGCUCCUGUCAAGUGCAGACAGACUGCUGAUUCCCUCCCUAUUGUAGUGUUUUAAGGUUUUGGAGGGUAAGUGGUCACAUUUCUUCCAAACACAGUAACCUUAUUUCCAUAAGCACACAGAGAACUGUCUGCAAUCUACUUCGACUCACCAAAAAAGCGAAGGUUUGGGGUUUUUUUUUUUCAAACUGGACAAACAGGGGGAAAGGAAUGUGCAGGGACUGUUUGUGUAUCUACGUGGAGAAGUCCACUUUUACAGUUUAGCUGCUGAACUCUUUUAUUCACCUUACAGGGGAAACUUAAUUUAAUGUCCCGCAUUUUGGACUCGUGCUGAAGAUUUACUUGAGAUUUUGUCUGCUUGAAGGAGGCCUGAGCUACUCUAAACCAAGUGGCGAAUACUUUAACGCAACAUUUUUAACAUGUGACACAGUCGUUAUCAUGUGAGUUAAUGGACAAACGCAUUGUGGAAUGACUGCAUUACAGUGAAAUGAAACAUGUGAGAUGUAUUGUAACAUUCUGGCGUAGGUAAACCUCAAGGACAGAUGGGCCACGUCCAUGGCACGUGUGUGGCAGUCCAUGCAUGCGCACUGUUGUGCUGCGUAUGCACUGAAACAUCUCCCCCUUUCAAGUACUUACUCAGUAACGGUGGAAACUAAACCUGUAACAUGAAAUGUGUCUUUUUAAUGUGCUACUGUAGUAUUACGAUUUAUUUAUUUCCUGGUUUUAUCUAUGGUACUAUAGAUACUGUGUGAUUUUAAAGCCUGAAAAUAAAGUCUACAUGGUGCCACUCCUACAGUAAA